CAAGAAGCGACCGACCGGCGGGGGAGGCAGGCAAGGCAAAGGAAAGGACAGGGGGAGUUUAGGCUGUGUCCCGUAUUUGGAAUAAGCAAGACUAGACUACAGCUUUGCUCUUGACGUGAAACGAGCUCCUCUGUAACCUUCAAAAGGACCCGCAUUUUUGACGGCUAACUUACUGUUGGGCUGUUGGAACUCUUGAACUAACCGUCGUGUUGAACUGUGAAGAAACUAAAGAUACAUUUGGGUUUCUGGACGAAGAAUGGGAUUUAAAGAACAUAUCUGCCAGCAUUGAGUUGUGAAAACAAGGGAAUAUUUUACAGUUGGAUGUAAAAUAACUAUACUGUCGAAAGGGGCCAAAUUCAGUUAAGCUCCGUUAUCACUGUGCGUCUUGUAUGUCAACUCCUGGGGGAAAGGGACAGCGAUGGCAUUUAAGAACGAAGAAAAGUAACGUUAACGGUAGCUCGCUGGCUAGCUAAAUAGCUAGCCUAGCAGGCUGCUAACUAAGCCUGUGUCGCCCUUCCAUUCCUGGAGUAGAGGAGGGGCGCUGGGGCUUUGUAGCAUUGCAGAUCUGCCUUACAUUUUUGGGUUGCUGCAAGAAUGGAGAAUCCUAAAUAUCUACCACAACAACUGAAGGGGAUCUGUUGAAUCGCAUCGACUCGAUUUUCCUUUUCAUUUCUCACAUAGAAGACCAGAACACUGCCAGUUUACGUUGGGAUUUCAUCAAAUCAGCCGGCCUGGGGCAGCCAGGGUCUGUAAUUGUGACUACUUCUUUUCGUAUAUGCCCUGUGGGGAUAGGAUUUAUAAAAUGGGGAAGUGCUACACGUCUUAAAUACUGGGUAUUGAGAGGGAGACCAUGAAUUGGCCGGUUUUAACGCCGAAUUAGCCCCGGCUUGUCCUCAACUCAAAGUUUUAUUAUUUUCGAGACAUAUUCAAGGUGAGAGAACUUCUUUACAGGCCCCUCUGUGCUAACUAACAGGCCGAGGAGGCGUUUGCUUAUUUGCCCCCACCAUCACCUCCAUCAUCAUUACUUCAAAAAUCAACAAGCCGGAAUAAUCAUGUCGGGAGAGGUGCGUUUGAAGAAGCUGGAGAAGCUGAUCCUGGACGGGCCAGCUCAGUCUAAUGGCCAGUGCCUGAGUGUGGAAACGCUGCUGGAUAUCCUGGUCUGCCUCUACGAUGAGUGCAACAACUCCCCACUCAGAAGAGAGAAAAAUAUCCUGGAGUUUUUGGACUGGGCUAAACCCUUCACUUCCAAAGUGAAGCAGAUGCGCCUGCACAAGGAAGACUUUGAGAUCCUUAAGGUGAUUGGACGAGGAGCCUUCGGAGAGGUUGCAGUCGUAAAAGUGAGAAACACUGACAAGGUAUUCGCCAUGAAGAUUCUCAACAAGUGGGAGAUGCUGAAGCGAGCCGAGACGGCGUGUUUUCGGGAGGAGCGGGAUGUGUUGGUAAAUGGAAACUGCCAGUGGAUCACCACCCUGCACUACGCCUUCCAGGACGACAAUAAUCUGUACCUGGUCAUGGACUACUAUGUUGGUGGUGAUCUGCUGACUCUGCUCAGUAAGUUUGAGGACCGGCUGCCGGAGGAGAUGGCCAGGUUCUACCUGGCUGAGAUGGUGUUGGCCAUCGACUCCGUUCACCAGCUACACUACGUCCACAGGGACAUUAAGCCCGACAACAUUCUGUUGGAUAUGAACGGCCACAUCCGCCUUGCUGACUUCGGCUCCUGCCUCAAACUCAUGGAGGACGGGACGGUCCAGUCCUCUGUGGCGGUGGGGACUCCAGACUACAUCUCCCCAGAAAUCCUCCAGGCUAUGGAGGAUGGGAAAGGAAAGUAUGGACCUGAGUGCGACUGGUGGUCCCUGGGCGUCUGCAUGUAUGAAAUGCUGUACGGCGAGACUCCUUUCUAUGCAGAAUCCCUGGUGGAAACCUAUGGGAAGAUCAUGAACCACAAGGAGCGGUUCCAGUUCCCACAGCAGAUAACAGACGUGUCGGAGGAUGCAAAGGAUCUGAUUCGUCGGCUCAUUUGCAGUCGAGAGCACCGAUUGGGCCAGAACGGCAUUGCGGACUUCAAGCACCACCCCUUCUUCGUUGGCAUUAUUUGGGAAAACAUUCUUACGUGCGAGGCUCCCUACAUCCCAGAGGUCAGCAGUCCUACAGAUACCUCCAACUUUGAUGUGGAUGAUGACUGCCUUAAAAACUCGGAGACCAUGCCUCCUCCCUCUCACACUGCCUUCUCUGGCCACCACCUGCCCUUUGUGGGCUUCACCUACACCAGUAAAUGUUCCCUAUCUGACCGGGCUUGCCUGCGGCAGCUGGCAGGGGAGUCGGGUAGGGCGGGCCUGGACCAGUUGGAUCUGGAUGUCCAGCGCGGCCUCGAGGACAGCCUGGCCACUGAGGCCUAUGAGAGGAGACUCCGCCGCCUGGAGCAGGAGAAAGUAGAGCUGAGCCGCAAACUGCAAGAGUCGACUCAGACGGUACAGGCCCUGCAGCACCCAGCAGGCGAGGGCCCCGUCGGUGUUAACAGGGAGGUGGAGAUCAGGAGUCUGAAGAGCGAGAUCGACAUCCUCAAGAAGCAGAUUGCUGACUCAGGCCAAAUUGAGAAGCAGUUGGAGGACGUAUCGUUGGCCCGCAGGGACCUGGAGGACUCGUCUAAACACACCAAGACUCUGGAGAAACAGAUGAAGAGUGUUACACAGGAGAGGGAUGACAUGCACAAGGAUCUUGUGGAGGCCAAUGAGAAGCUGAAGUCUCAGUCAAAAGAGCUGAAGGAAGCCCACAGUCAGCGAAAACUGGCCAUGCAGGAGUUUUCUGAGCUUAACGAGAGACUCACAGACUUCAGGUCAGUGAAGCAGCGCCUGGCUCGCCAGCUGCGCGACAAGGAGGAGGAGAUAGAGAGCCAGGGUCAGAAGGUUGAGGCUCUCCGCCUCGAGGUGCGAAAGGCCGAGAGGAGCAAGAAGGAGAUGGAGGUGCAGUCGGAGGAGCACACAGCAGAGGCUCAGAAAGAGAGGAAGCUGCGAGAGCGUAAUGAGCAGCACAGCCGACAGCUGGAGGAGGAGCUGGAAGGGCUUAAGUUGAAGCAGGCCGGCUCCUCUACCGGCCCGGCCUCAGCAGACCAGACCCAGGAGGUGGGACGCCUGCGAGGAGACCUGGAGAAGAAGACGCUCCUGUACGAGGAGGAGUUGGCGCGCAGGGAAGCACAGCACAGCACCGAGCUGAAGGCUCUGCGCAAGGAGCUGCGGGACGCCGAGAGCCAACACCUUGCCUUGCAGAAAGAGAUCCUGAUGCUCAAAGACAAGCUGGACAAGACUCGCCGUGAGAGCCAAAGCGAGCGGGAAGAGUUUGAGACGGAGUACAAGCAGAAGUACGAGAGGGAGAGAGUACUUCUCACUGAAGAAAAUAAGAAGCUGUCCAGUGAACUGGAUAAGCUGACCAGCAUGUUCGAGAAGAUGAGCAGCUCCAACAGGCAGCUGGAGGACGAGAUGAGGGAGCUGGCUGACAAAAAGGAGAGCGUAGCUCACUGGGAGGCCCAGAUCACGGAAAUCAUCCAAUGGGUGAGUGAUGAGAAGGAUGCUCGGGGCUACCUGCAGGCUCUGGCCACUAAGAUGACAGAAGAGCUGGAGGGACUGAGAAACACCAGCCUGGGAGCGAGAGCCACGGACAUGCCGUGGAAGAUGCGGCGCUUCGCCAAGCUGGACAUGUCGGCCCGUCUGGAGCUGCAGUCGGCCUUAGACGCUGAGAUCAGAGCCAAGCAGAGCAUCCAGGAUGAAUUGAACAAAGUCAAAGCCAACAACAUGUCCACAGAAUGUAAACUGCAGGAUGUGGAAAGUAAAAACCAGGAGCUCCUGGCUGAGAUCGACAGACUGAAGAAAGAGACAGAAGAGCUGCGGCUACGAAGGGGUGUCAAGCACCAGGAUUCCCAGAAUUCCUUCUUGGCUUUUCUCAAUGCCCCCACCUCAGCGCUCGACCAGUUUGAUCGCUCGCCAUCUGUUGGCCCAGCUAGCAAAGGCAGACGCGUGGACUCUAUGGAUAACUUCACCCCCUCCAACACGCCAUCCAGGGAAGAUGACCCAAAGUCCCACCUCAAGUCCCGCUCGCGGUCACCCUCCAUGGCUAGUGAUAUGGAGCCAAUAGAGUUGAUGGACCAUCCUCCUCGUACAGUCCAGACCCCCACCAUGCGCUCAGGGGGGUACGGCAGUAUUGGACGCUCCUCUCCUAAGCCCAAAGCACAUCAGUUUGUGGUGAAGUCAUUCUGCACACCCACUAAGUGUAACCAGUGCACUUCCCUCAUGGUGGGGCUCAUACGUCAAGGCUGCACCUGUGAAGUGUGUAACUUCUCCUGCCAUGUAACGUGUGCGGACAAGGCUCCAGCUGUGUGUCCCGUGCCUCAGGACCAGACCAAGGGCCCGCUGGGUAUCGACCCUCAGAGGGGUAUAGGUACUGCGUAUGAAGGCCACGUCAGGGUGCCCAAACCGACAGGGGUGAAGAAGGGCUGGCAGAGGGCGAUGGCUGUGGUGUGCGAUUUCAAACUGUUUCUCUACGAACUGGGAGAAGGAAAAGCUACGCAACCAAGUGUAGUCGUCAGCCAAGUCAUAGAUAUGAGGGAUGAAGAGUUUUCAGUCAGUUCUGUCCUGGCCUCUGAUGUCAUCCACGCCAGCCGCAAAGACAUCCCCUGUAUAUUCAGAGUGACGGCGUCCCAGCUCUCCCCCUGCAGCAACCACAAGCCCUCCAUCCUGAUCCUGGCCGACAGCGAUCAGGAGAGAAAUAAAUGGGUGGGCCUUCUCAACGAGCUGCACCGCAUCCUCAAGAAGAACAAGCUCAAGGAGCGCUUCGUCUACGUCCCCAAGGAGGCUUACGACAGUACCCUGCCGCUCAUCAAGACAACACAGUCUGCUGCUAUCAUAGAUCACGAGCGUGUCGCCCUGGGCAACGAGGAAGGUCUUUUUGUCAUCCAUGUCACCAAAGAUGAAAUAAUCCGGGUGGGUGACAACAAGAAGGUGCACCACAUCGACCUGAUUUCCCAGGAGCAGCUGCUGGCGGUCAUCUCUGGCAGGAACCGUCACGUCCGUCUCUUCCCCACGCAGGCCUUAGACGGUCGCGAGACCGAGUCCUACAAGCUCGCUGAGACGAAGGGCUGCCAGACCAUCGUCUCCGGCCCCGUCCGCAACGGCUCGCUCACCUGCCUCUGCGUGGCCAUGAAGAGACAAAUCAUAUGCUACGAGGUGAAUAAGAGUAAAGCACGUCACCGUCGGCUGCGAGAGGUGCAGGCCCCGGGGGCCGUUCAGUGGAUGGGUCUGCUCAGUGAGCGUCUCUAUGUAGGAUACCAGUCUGGCUUCACCCGCUACAGUGUCCAUGGUGACAUGUCCCCUGUCAACCUGCUCCACCACGAGGACCACACCCUGGCCUUCAUCCCCCAGCAGAGCCUGGAAGCCCUCUGCGCCGUGGAGAUUUCCAGCAAGGAGCUGCUGCUGUGCUUCAGCUCUAUCGGAGUAUAUGUGGACUCGCAGGGCCGCAGGUCACGUCAGCAGGAGCUGAUGUGGCCGGCUAUUCCCAACUCUGCCUGCUACAACGCCCCUUACCUGUCAGUGUACAGCGAGAACGCUGUCGAUGUGUUUGAUGUCAACACCAUGGAGUGGAUUCAGACCAUCCCUCUCAAGAAGGUGCGACCUCUGAACGUUGACGGCUCUCUGAACCUACUGGGACUAGAAACAGUCCGGCUUAUCUACUUUAGAAACAAGAUGGCGGAGGGUGAUGAGCUGGUUGUCCCAGAGACGUCAGACAACAGCAGGAAGCAGAUGGUGCGCAGCUUGAACAACAAGAGACGCUUCUCCUUCAGGGUGCCAGAGGAAGAGCGGCUUCAGCAGAGGAGAGAGAUGCUGCGAGAUCCAGAGAUGAGGAACAAGCUGAUCUCCAACCCCACCAACUUCAACCACGUGGCCCACAUGGGACCAGGAGACGGGAUCCAGAUCCUUAAAGACCUGCCCAUGGAAAGUCGCGCGGGCUUCAGCGGGUCAGUCAGCAUCCCCUCCAUCACCAAGAACCGGGCCGAGCCGGGCCGCUCCAUGAGCGCCAGCAGCGGACUGGGCAUACGCUCGUCCUCCCAGAACGGCAGCGCCCUCCGCAGAGAGCUGUCAGGAGGAAGCUACGGGUCGUCCAAACGGCAGACCAUGACCUCUCCCUCCGAGAGCUCCCUGUCCUCUGGUGGAGGCAUGGACUGUGGCGACGCUCCACUCUCACAGUUUGACAGAGAGUGGCAGGCAGUCUCACCGUCGGAGAAGACCCCCGAUCUGAAAAGGGCUUUAAGGACCCUGCUUAGUAAGAUGAAGGACUCGGACUCCCCCCGUCACUCCACGGCCUCCAACAGCUCCACCUUCAGCAGCCCUCCCAGUCCGGCCUCCCCACACAAGGCCAAGUCCCUGUCCCUGGAGAGCACAGACCGGAUGGGCUGGGACACAUGAGCCUCCGCCUGCCUCGCGCCCGCUCGACCUCACUAUCCGACCGACAGCACAGAACUCCAAACCCUCCUCCCCCUCCUCCACUGCAGCCUCUCGCAUCCUUUCUGAAUAUUCCCCCUCACUGCCCAGAGAACUGCACCUCCUGAUGAACAUUUGUCCCACUUCACAACCUCAAUUUGUCUCAUCGUACUUCCAAGACGGGGCAGAAACACUGAGAGAGAGUCCGUCGUCUCUUGGAGGGAAAUAUGUGAGGGAGGAGUUAUUCAAACGAGUGGUAGUGUACAUGUGGAUGCUGAUGUUUGAGGGUGCAAAUGUGUGUGUGUGAGUGUGUGUGUUUGAGAGAAGCUGUAUGCGCUUGCCAAGCGCGUGUGCAUGUGUUUAUUCAGAAAGGGCAUAUGAUAUAGGAAUGAAAAGCUCCCGUCUCGGCUCUUUUUUGCUAUCAACCGAAGCGUCGAGCUUCUUCAACUCUGUCCACGGCCCCCCCGUUGAGAUUCAUUCAGAGACUCAAAAACCUCACAAUGCAACAAAAACAGAAGAGGAUUAUUAUUGAGAGAAUUUGUACUUGUACAUAGGACCCUUUGGGUUUUAGGGGACAAUAUUUUAAUUUAUUUAUCAAUCUUAGACCAGGAAAGGGAGGUCUGCUUCAUGGCCUGAAUCAGACGGGUGGAGUUUAACCCCUCCUCACUUCCCUCCUUUGCUUUCUCUUUGGGUGAUGCAAAAAUUGAAAAUGUAAAAAAAAAAAAAGAAACGAAAAGGAGAAAGGAAAGCAAUGAUUUUUAGUUUUUUUUUCUUUCGCUCAUAUUAAGUGCAGUGACUUUAUAAUAUUUUUUAUUUUGACCAUCAGCAAAAAGCUACAAGCAGCGUUAAUAAUGCCGGCUCGUAUGACAUCAUCACCACAGCUCCUCUGUGCUACUCUCUUCCUCAUUGGUCCAGUGCGAGUGACAUCAUCCAGCAGCCCUGGACGUGUCCUCCAUCGUAGUGUAGACGCUCCACUUUGCUGUACAACCAAACUGACCAACUCACAGGUUCCCAUCACAAUAAUGUACAUAGGUUCAAAGUAGAGAGUAAUAUAUGAUAAGGAAAAUACUAUAGAGAACACGGGAAAGAAAAAAAUCCUCUGACUUUUAUUUUCCUUUGUUUUGAGAGUGAUUUGGGGUUUUAUUCACACAAAAAGCCAUUUUUAACCACUUUCCAGUUCUUUUUUUUUUUUUUUUUUUUUUACCAAUUGAUUUUAGAUUUGUUUGUUUUAUACUGUAUGUAUGACACUCAUUGUGUUUUCUUUUUUUUCCCCACUCGGUUUGCGUUUGAGUGAAGAAAAGUCAUGUAAGGAUGGACACUACUGCCCGUACUGUAGAGUGAACACGUGCAUUUAUCACACAUGUAUCUACGCACACAUGCUGAGGUGGUGUUUUUAUGCAGCAGAUGCCUUUGUCCUGCUCCUCCUGACUGUCAGAGGGAGCGUGGCUCUGAUCAUUUAAUCAACAGUUAUUGUGUGUUUGAAACUGGCUGAAGUACCUGGAUGGAAAGAUCAGUCUUGAUUUAACCAAAAAAAGGACAAAAAGAGGGAGACUGACAUUAUUUAGUCUUUCUGACAGCCUUUGCAUAUUUGAUUGAUCUGUUCAUCACUAAGCCACAUUUGUAAGAGCUCUUGAUUUAAAAAAAAAAAACACUAAAAAUGAGAAUGUAAACACUUAAAGUCAGCACCGUUUGUCUUGAUAAAGUGCAGAUAAAAUAACCUCAGUGCUACCUGUUGUCUGUAAAUUUAGCAGGGCUGGAUCUCUAAACCUCUCCAGGUGGUUUUCCUUCGGCAGGGUGGAAAGACCUCUAAAGGAGCAUUUUACUAUGUGGCAGCAGCUCCUGGCUGCAGAGCAGGACAUUCACAGCCAAAAACCUGUUACCUUAGUUCAUCUUCUGCAGCUUCCAGAUGGAUAUAAAAGUGUUUUAGUCGAGGAGUCGCUCAUCGGGCAGAACGUAAAACUGUAAGGGAACAAUGUGCAUAAUAGAGCUGUUAAACAUUAACUAAAUGUGGUAUCUGUAAGAACGCACAUUCUGUACGAAACUGGCCUGUUGGUGACGGUGCAGAGGGUUUCCUCUUCAGCAACAGGCUGAAGGCGUAACGUUCAGAUUCCUGGCUCACAAUCCAGUUUAUUCCACUUGUGUUGUUUGUUAGAAAGGGAAACAAAAACUUUGGUGGUCAUUCCUGCCGACUCCCCCGUUGAAACGCAACAAAGUAGCUCUACAACAACCCAUUCCAAGUGUUUUUUUUAGUAUUCCAUUUUAUAUGAAGAGAGAGGGGGAGGUUUGGAGCGCCACAGUGCGACUCAGCUGGUUUUAUUCCAAACAACCACCUCUUAGAAACUUUUAAAGCUAGUGAGUCUCCUUAGUUCCUGCUGGAGUUUCUGUAGAAUGUAUUAGAUGGGGAGGGGUGAGGAAACUGUCUUAGCCAGGUGUUUUAUUAUUGGCCAAUAUUGUACAGAAAAAGCUGAUCCCAGACAUCCCAGUUAAAGGAGCGGGGAAUAGAAACUCAGGAAAUAUGAGAAGAACCAAUGAAUUAUUUUCAUUUCGAUGGAAAUGAGUGUUUGAUGGAUGGAAGGCUGGAUGAGUGAGGAGAUGAAUCUGGCUGUAGUGUACAGAACAUGUGGAGACUGCAGGAGGACGGGUGGAGAGGACUAGAAGAUGUGAGAAGAUGAAGGGUGACAGGUGGUUUUGAUGGCUGAGUUGCCACAGUGGUAAGAAAAUCUAAAAAAUCAAAAAAAAUCAAACGCCUUUGCAUUUCAGUGAGGUCUUAUCUACAGUACCUUCUAUAUUAUUUUUGCUCUUUCAUAUCAUAUUACACUUUGUUUUUUUUCUAGGAUUGCUUUGUAAUAAUUUGUACAGUUUUGCAUGUUAUAGAUGUAAUCAUUUUUGUUUUCGGUUUGUUGUUUUACUUGGACUUGCUCCUUUUUGAACGGUUUGGGCGUUUUACUGAGGAUAACCCACUACAGGUGAUGUAGAUUCUUUUUUGCACAAAAAAAAAUAUUUAAGGUGUAAGGUCAAAACAAAAAAUAAUGUAUGGAACUGGCUGCCACACUUAAGUGGAGAACUCAUAUUAACCUGACUCCGAUGUAUUUCAAUAAAGCGGAGGGCUGUUACAAAUACAAA